GCAUUACAUGAUUUAUAGCAAGAAAGCAGCGAAGCUGAAAGCCUGAAAAUGAAGGUAGCUCCGAGAGUAAUAGUGCUAUUCAAAGAUUUGCAUGGCUUCGGCGCCGCCAUCUUCCAUGCUCUCAGACCAAACCCUAACUCCGACCUUCAAUCUCGCGAAGAAUCAUUCGACUUGUCAUUGGAAAAGUACGGAAUCAAAGAUUUAAAAGCUUCUGGCCAGAUCGUUCAUUUCCAAGCUCACACUGGUCUUUAUGAGGUGUCUGUGUUGCUUUUGGAAAAUUAUGAGCCUCCAAUCUUGGCUUGUGCUUUAAGUGAAGUUCUGUCUGUAUUAGCAGCAGGUGAAUCAUCAGCUAUUCCUACAGUUUUUGUCCCCUUCAUUGUGCCAGCAACUAAGCUUAAGGUGGACAGUAAAAGUUCAGCCAUAAUGGACCAUGCUCUAACUUAUGGUCUGCAGUUUGGCCCCUCCACUGAUGUAACUCAAGCUUUGGUGUCAAAAUUGCAUACUCCACCACCAUCUUUGCAGAUUUUUCAUGAACAAUUGGCCUGCUUGCUCCAGUUGGUCCGGGUAUUGAUGUUGCCUACAGUUGUUUUGAUCAGAAAGACUGAAAGUAUACACAGCCAGACAUCAGACAAGCAGCUUGAGGCUAUGUAUGAGAUCGGGGAGUAUUUGGCCAGCUUCUCGUCUCUUUGUUUAUCACGGGAAAGGAUAACAUUGGAUCCAACGAAGAUGUGUAGGGAGACCGAGGAGCCUUGGCGCGCCUUGUAUGGUUAAAUUUUGCAUCUUGCUGUAGCUGUUUGAUUGUAUUCUCCCAUAUGAUAUGAAAUGACUGUAAUGGCUACUUGCAAAUAAUCAUUUAUAUAUAAAUCCAUACUAGCAAUUUGGGUAAAAUUCUAUGUCCUUGUUGCAGUGUAGAGUUUAGAGAUUUGUUUCAUUCUCUUUCACUCAAUAAAAGCUUCCUCAUAAA